GGAUUCGAACGUACUGUACGAUCGGCCGCAAAUUCGCAAGAAUUGUCGAAGAGAAUGUUCUCUGUAUCGACAAAAUAUCCGUUGUGGAAAAAUGUUCGUCGGUCCUACUAUCGGGCCAAAAAACAUGCGAAAACAAAGAAGCGUAACGAAGCCAUCGAACAAAGCGAUGCUAACAUUGCAAACUCAGCAGCAAUGUCAUUCCAAGAAGAAACUUAUGGCUAUCCGAACGAGCACAGUGUAAAAGCCGAGACAUCAGGUGAGGCACAUGAGUCUCGUAUGGCUCAUGAUUAUGACAUCGCCCUACGUCAAGGAAGCAGGAGCUCUGUGAAUGAGCAGCAGCAUUUCGUUGGUGAUUGUAAAAGUCACGAAAUGUUUCUCAGUCAACACGACGACGGUGUGCUUGGUGAUCUGGUUGAUUCGUCGUCUUGUGCAUCGUCGUUCAAUUCGAAUAACCAUAAUCAAGCAACCGAUAAGUGCUCAAAUCGAAAUUUCACGCGAAUUAAUGAACUGAAUAAUUCGAGAACAAAAAUGGAUCAUCAGUACGAGGGUUGUAGUGAAGACGAUGAAUUGAUCAAUAUGCAGUCAAUGUGUCGUCUUCAAACCCUUCAAACCCGCAUCGUAUGUCGUCCACACGUGAUCCACUGA